UAAAGAGGCUGAAGACAUGUAUGUUCAAGCUCUACGAAUUGACUCCAAUAAUCCCAAUCUAUACUACAAUCUUGGCGUCGUAUUGAUGGACCAAAGAAGGAGGAAAGAAGCUUUAACACUAUUCAACAGAGCUUUAGAGCUUGAACCAGAACAUAAGGAAGCUCUUUUCAACAUGGCGAUGUUAUUGCAAGGCGGGAACAAGCAGACGACAAAUGACGAGGUGAACAGAAGGCUUCACAUUGCGACACAGGGUGUUAGACACUCAAAGGAAGUAUACUUCACUCUGGGGACAUUAGCCUUGGAAAAUGGAAAUCCUGCAAGUGCUGAACGUUGGUUCCGAAAAGCUAUUGAGAUGAAUCCCAGCGAUCGGAGCGCCCUCUUUAAUCUUGCGUUACUUCUUACAAAGGAAAAUCGACAUCCAGAAGCUCUUGAUUUUCUAAAACAGUUAUUAAAGCAUCACAGUAGUCACGUGAAAGGUCUCCUUCUACUCGGAGAUAUCUAUAUCACUCAGAUGAAAAACUUGGACGAAGCAGAAACGUGUUAUAAGAAGAUUCUCCAGGUGGACCCUAACAACGUCCAAGGCCUACAUAACCUGUGCGUUGUAUAUCUUCACCGUGGUCAGUUGAAACAAGCUGAACGGUGUUUCCUUGAAGCUUUACAACUAGCUCCAACUGCUGACUACAUCAGUCAUCAUCUCCGAUUGGUUCGCUCCCAGAUUUUAAAACAAACUCAACCAAUGGGAAUACCCCGAUCGGAUGUAUGGCAUCUUAAGUCUUCUGGAUCUAUAAGAUGAGGUCGAAUCUGAACUCAAUCUUUCACGUGCACCUUUACACUUCUCUACAAAGAGAAAUCUCCACUUCAUCAGGAUUAAUAAGCCAAGUGUUCUUUAAAAACUAAAUGUUGUAUAAGAGAUCAGCAAAUGGUUCAGUCAGUUAUAUCACUAAAGUGGAAAUUAUGCGCUCAUUAUAUUUAAAAACAACAUUAUUGUUGUUGUAAAAUUACUCUGGUGUUAAUUUAAACAUCUUCAGUAGUUAUUGAGCGACCUUGAAGAUUAAACAAUGAUUUAAAAAUCUCAAGUAGUGUGUAUUACUCUGAUGAAACGUUGACUUCAAAAUCUCAAGUAGUGUGUAUUACUCUGAUGAAACGUUGACUUCAAAAUCUCAAGUG